ACGCCUGACCGACCCCUCUCCUCGCUUAAUCUACCCACCCGGCCAGCGGCCACCCGUCUCGCCCUCCCAUAAAUUCUCUCUCGCUGCCGUGCCCACCGAUCAAUCACUCCGCCUCGCCUUCGCACGACCGCGUCUCCGCCCUCCGCCUGCGUCUCGGUCGGAGCCCCCUUCUCAUCCGCAGCCUGCCUCUGCUCGGCGCCGUCCCGACUGCGGGAGAGGGGAGCGCCCCGUCGCCGAUCCGAUCGGGAGCCGCAGGCCAAGCGGCGAGGCGAGCCCGUCCGUCAGGAAGCGCCAUGGCAGCAGCGGCCGCCGCCGACUCCGAUCCCGCCGCAGCUGUGGCCGCCAUGUCCACCUGCGCCCACUGUCAGCGCGAGAUCCCAUCUUCAAACAUCGACUUGCAUUCUGUACAUUGUGCCCGCAACCUUCAAAAAUGCCAGCACUGUGGCGAAAUGAUUCCUAGGAAACUUAUGGAUGAACACUAUGAUGAAAGCCAUGCCCCGAUCAAUUGCUCCCUCUGCAAAGAAACAAUAGAACGUGAGAGUUGGGAUAUUCAUAAAGGUGAAAAGUGUCCACAAAGAAUGGUCGCCUGUGAAUAUUGUGAGUUUGAAUUGCCUGCAGUUGAUCUCCAUGAACAUCAGGAUGUAUGCGGAAACCGAACAGAACUCUGCCAAACAUGCAGAAAGUAUAUUAGAUUGCGUGAAUGGAUAGGGCAUGAAAUACAGUGCCAUACGAACUCAAAUGGUUCUGCAGACACAUCCAGUGCCAGAGCAAUUCCAGAGAGAGAACUACGACCGCCGCCACCAGUGCGACCUGCACGACCAGCACGUCCUGCUCAUGCUUCACCACACAAGCGGCUCCUCUUCACAAUUGCUGUCACUGGAAUAGCAGUUAUGAUUGGCUCCAUACUGUUCCAAAGGGACGAGAGUUUCUAGCUCCAGUAGCCAUGGACUUACUCUGUCAAGUUGUAUUAAUGUAUAAUAACCCCCUCGAAUCAGUGCAUAAAUCGAGUCUGUUUGAGAGUAUAGCCCCAGGCAUGGGUUUGUUGAAAAGCAAAGUAACCGUGGGUAAAUAUGUUCGCCCUUGGCAGUUCUGAAACUUCUGUUUGUUUUGACAUUGGACUUGAAUUGUUCAUCUGUAAGUCGAGACGAGUUAUACAAUCAGGGUACCAUAUCUGGAAUUGCAACACGGUUCAGCUGUUAAUAUUUUUGUUUA